GAAAGAAAUACUGAGUGCCGUCAGUCGCAAGCGAGUGGUUGUGAUCUGCGGCGAAACGGGGUCAGGCAAGACCACGCAAGUGCCCCAGUUCAUCUUCGAGCAUUGGGUGCGCGAGGGAAUGGGCUCCCGCUGCAACAUUGUGAUCACCCAGCCGAGGAGAUUCGCCGCUGUAUCCGUGGUGAAGUGGGUAGCUACUGAGCGAAGAGACAAGCCAGCGAGGGAUCACCCCAACUUUGACAAGUUGUACAAAGUUCGUCCACUCCUCACUGAACUAUCGAAAACAUUUGCGGAAAAUUACUUGCCCACCGAGCUGCUCGCCAUCGAUGAAUCUAUGAUAAAGUUCAAGGGAAGGAGCUCGCUGAAGCAGUAUAUGCCAAAGAAGCCUGUGAAGCGUGGCUACAAGGUGUGGAUGCUUUGUGCCAGCAGUGGCUAUAAUCUAAAAUUUGAUAUUUACACCGGUAAAUCUGAGAACGGUGUUCAGAAGGAGCUAGGUGCACAAGUUCAAGCAUCAGCCAAAGAGAUGCACGAAGCGCAGGUGUGGUAUGUGCAGCACGAAAUCGCAGCCUUCGAGAACGACAUGGAUGUGCGAGACGUGCAACGUCCCAUUGUGCCUGAGGGGAAACAAGGACUGUUUUGCAGCGUUCCACCGAAAGUGACUGUAGACACUUGCUGCACGGUGGUCACCUCAGAUGUGCACAAAGUGAUCCUCUACCAACAUUGCCGAGAAGUCCAUUAUCAUCAAGAUGUGACUUAUGUAGUGGACACAGGCAUGCACCGUGAGCAGAGGUUCAAGCCGUCCAUGGGUGGGAGCCUUCUCGGCACGCUCCUGACCUCCCAGGCCAGUGUCCAGCAACGGCCAAGUCGUGUGGGACACGAGUUGCUUGUUUUUGAAUGUUAA